GUCUUACUGACUGGAUGCCGUUGUGUUGAGUUGGACUGCUGGGACGGAGACGAUGGGAGCCCUGUCAUCUACCACGGCCAUACGUUCACCACCAAAAUACCAUUCAGAAGAGUUGUGGAGACGAUCGCCAGAAGUGCGUUCGUGGCGUCUCCAUACCCUCUGAUACUGAGCAUCGAGAAUCAUUGUAGUCUACCGCAGCAACAAGUCAUGGCCAGCACUUUUGAGGCAGUUUUCGGAGACAAACUGGUCACUUCGUUUCUAUUCGAAGUGGAUUACACCGACGAGCCACGACUACCGAGUCCCGAGCAAUUGAAAUACAAGGUGUUGAUAAAGAACAAGAAGUUAUUGCCAGUGGAAUCAAGUCCAACUAUUGGCCUGACCGGGGCGAGUUCAGCUCAAGGUUACAGCGGAGUUCUAGCAACUGCGUUCAGGUCCAACGGAAUUCGGCACACCAGCUCCUCUCUCCCGGAGCAGAGCAACAGAACCAACUCUAUGAUGUCGCAGCAGUCAGCCGGAAGUUCUGUCACCGAGUAUUUCUCUGACGAGGAUUAUGAUGAGGACGACGAUGAGCUUGACGAAAAAGAGCUUCACAAAAUCCUAAGUUCGAUGGAAGAUAAAUGCGGCAGAACGUCUCUGUCGCUGUAUCAAAGCUACCGACGAAGCGAAGGAGAUUCAGAGAGUACCAGCGUGAAACAUUCUAACAGGAAGCGAAGCAAUCAAAUCGCAAGAGAACUCAGUGACAUGGUCACUUACGUUCAGGCUAUCAAAUUUCGAGGUCUCAACCCACUGUCUCCAAGGAACUCAGUAAAACAGCCAAGUAGCGCCAAAGAGAGUGCUCCGUGUAGCAGUUUCGAGUCUUCUGAGAGCAGCGACAGUACUAGCACGCAAAUAGCUCAGUCGCAGUCCCAGUCCCGCGCCCGAUGCCUGAACGCGCCGGCCGUGCACCACCCCUGCUACCGCUGCUCCUCCGUCAACGAGGCCAUUGGCAAGAAGAUCUGCAGGAAGCACCCCCUCGCACUCAUCGCCCACACAGAAACACAACUAGUCAGGACUUAUCCCGCGGGCCUAAGGAUUGACUCAUCGAACUUCGAUCCUGUAACGUUCUGGUCGUGCGGAGUGCAGCUGGUCGCCUUGAACUACCAAACAGAAGAUGCUGCUAUGGCCGUCAAUGCUGCGAUGUUUGAGAGCAAUGGAUGCGUGGGAUUUGUCAGGAAACCGGCUGUGAUGUGGGACCCCAGCCACAUAGCUUACAGGAGAUUCAAUCCAAUGGACAAAGAAUUCGACGGUAUACAUGCAUCUCAUCUAACUUUGGCCGUCAUAUCGGGACAGUACGUCGCCGAAAAUGUGUAUUCCUUCUACAACGCCUUUGCUGAGGUGGAAAUUCUUGGAGUGCCAGCAGACUGCAAGAAGAUACGGACCAAAGUCGCUAGAAGGAACGCUUUGAAUCCUGUCUGGAAUGAAACAUUUAAUUUUAAGAUCAACUUUCCAGAGCUAGCGUUCGUCAGAUUUGAGAUAUACGAUGCGGAUACCAACUAUAUGUUGUCACAGAGAGUUAUACCCCUGCAAAGCCUCAGACCUGGGUACAGGCACGUAAGACUACGGUCGCCAACUAACCAACCUCUCAACAUGGCCUCCCUGCUCAUCUUCUCGCGCUGUGCUGAAGAGUUGGCCGGAGAGAGUUGCAGAGGAGACCUGGAGCCGAGUUCUCCCCACGAAAGACGGAAAAUCCAUUUCCUGGUGGUCUAUGCAGUAUCAAGACAUGAGCCCUACUCGAUUUUAAAGGUCACCCAGGACACCACAGCUAAUGAGGCUAUAGCCCAGUGUCUAACCAAGGCGGGGGUAUGCCGGUCUUCGCGUGGCAGCUAUGUACUAGUGGAGGAAUCUCCGUCCAGGACUCCAACACAGCGCGUGAUGGCGCCGCAUGAGAGGGUCAUGAGGACUGGAGGAACCCGACUUGUUCUGAAGAGAGUCGGCGACGACCCCAGCAGUCGAGCAUGGUUGACUAGCAUCAGGUCAGCAUCAACAGAACGUCCCCGCGAUAGAAGCGUGCCGUCAGACGAAGAGUCGAGCGCGCAUGAUGAAGAGAGAGCUCCGCCCGACGCGUACCUCGUCUGCGUACAUAACGUGUCGCAUGAAAUACCUUACGCUAUAUUGAAGGUUCCUUUAAACGCGACAGCAUCAUUUGUGGUCCACCAAGCAUUGACAAAGGCACGAUGUCAAGAUGACCCUAAGAGAUUUGUGUUAGUAGAAGAGCUGGAGUGGGGCGGCAGGGCCGGCGCUGGGCCGCAGCAGAGAGCCCUCGCUGAUGACGAAGUGGUCUACACAGCUCAAGCCAGUUGGAAGACAUUGGGCAGGUUCGUUCUUCAAGAGAGAGGCACGCCUGCUGCAGUGCCGCGGCACAGAGCCGCCAUCGCCAGAAUACAGCGGGGGCUGAGCAUGACUAAGGGUGCUUUUACAGGAAGUACCGGAUUUCCUCUAAGCAGUUUCGGCAUGUCUGAUCUGAUAAGCGAAGGGAAGACGCCCGUGCAGACAGCUUACAGCGACCCUACGCACUGCAGACGAGCUUCAGCCGCGCCUCUUGGCAAAGGCGUUGGAAGAGCAAAGGGACAUUCGGACAAAGAUGUCAGAUCGUACAUGCAGAAACGUGCCGGAGCUAGAGAGGUACAUUCUGAAGGUGAGACGGGAGGUUCUUUGGGAGCAGAAGCAUUAGCAGCUCAAGUUGCUCGUUUCAAGCGCGUGUCUUUAAGGAAACUACGCGCUUGGCGUUCCUGAGUGUGGCAGGUAAGAGUUAAAAUGAAUAGGUAAAAUGUUAUGAUAUAUAAUACAAUAAAUAAAAAACUUUCAGCGUUUCAGUUAUUUCCUGUUUUAAUAAACGCAGUAUAUUAAAAAAUAAAAUUA